ACCAGAUAAUUCACUUAGGGGUGGGAAUAGAAAAACAGUCAGACGUUAUUCCGUCCUCUGUGCUGUGCUCGCCCCGCCGUCAAUGACUUGAAUUCAUUCAUAGCAGGAGUCAGAAAUGGAGGCGACGUUGCAACAAGAGAAACAGGAGUCGGAAUAUGUGAAUCCAAACGAGGACAAAGGUGGGAUCGGCCGACGACUGAGGGACAGGGAUCUUCUCAGGAAGAGAAAGGCUGAAGCAGAGGAGAAGGAGACUAACCAGUGGGUUUUGGGGGUGGAGAGCCAGAGGAAAAGACCGAGGGCUGCAGGGGACAAGAGUGGAGCAAAGAGGAGAGGGAGGCCCAGGAAGAAUGAACCCGCGCUGGAGUUAUCUGUCACGCAGGAGGAGGCAGCAGCGCCUGAGGAAGCUCCUGCGGUAGUGGUGGUGUCUGAACCCGCUGAGGUCAUCCCCGAUCAAACAACAGCUGCUAUGGAAGCGCCACCAGUCCCUGUCCUCGCUGCCCCUGCUCCUCAGCCAGUGUUUGGGUCCCUCCAAAACCCCCUCUUCUCCCCAGCUCCGUUCAUCUCGACCCCUGCUCUCUUUUCACCCUCAGUUCCUGCUCCUGCUCCCGCCAAAGAUCUAGAUAGGGCUCCAAUCCCUCUCCAAGACUUAGCUCCAGCUCCAGCUCCGGAUGAUGUUCCAGUCCGCACCUCAACCCAAGCCCCUGAUCCAGCUGCAGCUCCUGCUCCUCCCACAGCUCCUAGCCAGGUGGGGGCUCUCUAUGUAGCGGCACAAGGCAGGGAGGCUCCUAACCAGGUCCUGAUUGAGGACGUGGGCCCGGACGAGGAUGAAGACAUCCCUCCAUCUCAAGACAAAAGAGUGGACGAAGAUCUGAAUGGGACACCCUUGAUCAACUUACCUGAACAAAACAAAAUGUUCUCAGUUCCCACCUUGUCCUCGACGCCUCCUACGCAAGAAUAUCUCCCAGGAAACUCAUACUAAUUUUCUAAAACACACAUUCAGAUACCUCUGUGGUUCACAAACAGAGAAACCAGAUGGCAUCCUUUUGGGUCACAGUUUGCGUCAUCUGAGUAUUAUUCUGGUUAGUGUGCAGCCCGUCGGACGAAGAGAACAAACAUUUUGAGCAUCUGCAUCGCUUAUUUGUCAAACUUAUUAAUUCAAACCAAACCUUUAUGCUUAUUUAUUCUGGUUUGUGCUUCAGGACGAAGCUCAUGAAUUCUGUUUUGUAUUUUACACUCAGCAAACAGCAAAUUUUGCCUGCUUUUAUUUAAAAGUAAAUGGUAUUAAUCAAUGGUAAUUAUGUAUCUGUAAUUGUGGAUUUAUUUGAUUCAAUUUUGUAAAAGUUGUUUUUUCACUGAAUAAAGAACACAGCUUAUAAUCA